CUUGCCUGUGACUCUGGUUCUGAAGUUCAUAACCUCUGAGUGCACCCAUGGAGGAUGACUGGUCAGACAAAUGUUCACAAGAACUCGUCCUCUCCCAACUUACAUCCAAGUUCAGCUAUAAAGACGCCAAGCGAAAAUGAACUGGAAUCUGCAGACAACUGCAGGAGCAGGGCUUUGUCUGUGUGCGAUGACACCUCUUCGGAGUUGCAAAGAGUUAUUUCCCAAGAUAAUGGAGAUGUUAUGUCACAGGCAUCUUUUAGGGGAAGAGGUGCACUCUCCAGGAUAGUGCGUUUAGUAGUAGUCCUCCGGGAAUGGGCCCACAAGAGCUUGCGUGACCAAGAUCAAAGACCUGACUCCUUUCUAGACCGAUUCCGAGGACCUGAACUACAAAACACAGAGGGGCAAGCUGGAAAGGAGACACAAAACCAAGGUGCAAAGGUUCAGAACAAGACUAGCUAUAAGCGGAAGAUAUCUGAGCGUUGUGUAGUAGACCCUUCAGGAAAAUGGUACUAUCGGUGGUUGCUUGUUAUUACCUUACCCGUGCUAUAUAAUUGGUUCUUACUAGUAGUGAGGGCGUGCUUUAAUGACCUUCAAAUCAGUUUUAUUACAGUAUGGCUCUCACUGGAUUAUUUCUGUGACAUCGUAUACAUUUUGGAUAUCAUAAUUCGACUCCGUACAGGAUUUUUGGAGCAGGGACUACUUGUAAGAGAUCCCAAGAUGCUAAGAGACAGCUACGUCCACACUUUGCAAUUUAAGCUAGAUAUCAUCUCUAUACUCCCGACUGACCUAGGCUAUCUGGCAUUUGGACUUCAUCGGCCAGAGCUGCGGUUCAACCGUCUUCUACAUUUUCCACGCAUGUUUGAAUGUUUUGACCAAACCGAGACUCGAACAAGCUACCCUAACAUGUUUCGAAUAAUAAAUCUAGUUCUAUAUAUCCUACUCAUUAUUCAUUGGAAUGCCUGCAUUUACUAUGCUAUAUCUAAGGCAAUUGGUUUUGGCACAGACACAUGGGUUUACCCAAAUGUGACAGAUCCUAACUAUGGCUAUCUUACCCGUGAGUAUGUCUACUGCCUGUACUGGUCUACUUUGACACUCACCACCAUCGGAGAAACUCCUCCCCCUGUCACAGAUUUAGAGUACCUUUUUGUCAUUUUUGAUUUUCUGGUUGGUGUUUUGAUCUUUGCCACCAUUGUAGGAAAUGUUGGUUCCAUGAUCUCUAACAUGAAUGCAACCAGGGCUGAGUUUCAGGCUAAAAUAGAUGCCAUUAAGCACUAUAUGCAGUUCAGAAAAGUAAGCAAAGAUUUGGAGGCCAAAGUCAUUCGAUGGUUUGACUAUCUUUGGACAAACAAAAAGACAGUAGAUGAAAGAGAAGUGUUGAAAAACUUGCCUGACAAACUGAGAGCUGAAAUAGCCAUAAAUGUUCAUCUGGAGACACUAAAGAAGGUACGGAUCUUUCAGAACUGUGAGGCUGGCCUUCUGGUGGAGUUGGUUCUAAAACUACGACCUCAGGUUUUCAGCCCUGGAGAUUACAUCUGUCGCAAAGGGGACAUUGGUAGAGAAAUGUACAUAAUCAAAGAGGGAAAACUAGCCGUUGUGGGAGAGGAUGGAAUCACUCAAUAUGCUAUUCUGACAUCUGGGAGUUGCUUUGGCGAGAUUAGUAUUCUCAAUAUUGAGGGGAGCAAGAUGGGCAACCGUCGGACGGCAAGCAUUCGUAGCAUUGGCUACUCUGACCUUUUCUGCCUUUCAAAAGAUGAUCUAAUGGAGGCUUUGGUUGAGUAUCCAGAUGCCAAGAAAAUCUUGGAAGAGAGAGGCAGAGAAAUACUUACAAAGGAAGGCCUGCUUGAUGAGACAAAAGAGAAAAAUGCAAUGAAAGGUAAAUCUUCUGAAGAGAAACUGGAACAUCUAGAGUCCAAUUUGGACCUGCUGCAUACUCGAUUUGCACGUUUGCUUCGAGAAUAUAGCAAUGCCCAACAGACCCUUAAACAAAGGGUCACCCUUUUGGAGGGAAGAUUAAAUGAACUUCAGGGAGGUGAGGUUUCCUCAGAUGAAAUGUAA